ACUAGAGGAAUAAUACGUCGAAUACACGAGCGAACGUACAUACUGAUACAUCCACUCUCGGACCCGUAUUCCGAGGAGACGUUCGCGCAUUAAAAAAUUCAUCGGACCGUAGUAAUGGCGAGAUCCAUUUUCUUCGUUCGUACAUCCGCGGAAGCGAAACCGAUCCUCAAAAGUAUUCCGAGCUAAUCGCAGACAGGAAGAAAAAGAAGAAGAGAAAGAUGGAAAGAUAGAUUAUUAACGACAGACCGGUCGGAGAGUUUCCAAGAAGAAAAUGGCACAUUGUGAUACGAUGGAUCGCGUUUGCGAGAAGAAGCCUACACGUUUCCUCCGAGUUCCUUUGAAAUCCGUUGAACAGAUUUAUUUAAUCUUUUUGAUCCCAUCGUUGAUCAACUGUGCGGUGUACAUCGUUCACUUUUCCGCUGAUUUCGUGGUCGUCGUACAACAUUUCCGCGAAAACAAUCCGGUAUGGGGUUGCUGCACCAUCGGUUUCAUGUAUUCGCCGGCAAUCGUGUACUUCAUCUUAACCGUUUCGAGACCGGAUUGGUGGAUGACGGAUGACGAUAAGCUGCGGAAAGGCGUCUUUCUUUGGUUCUGUAUUCAACUUUGCCACUUGUCGGGCUUCGUAUUUUUCGCCCUUUACAGGUACGCGACUCUCAUAGUAUUGUCGAUCGACGCUAUCCUCCUAACCGGGAAAGAGAGAACCGACACUUUAAACGCAGCAGCUAGCCCCGCAGCUAUAGAAUUGUAUUUCUUUCUGCAAGCAUGGUUCCAAGCAGCUCCUCAAGCCAUUUUCCAGACUCAUCUCCUGUUUUACGAAUCAUCGUCGUCGUCGUUGUCGUCGGUUACUAGCAGUCAUCAAUCAGCGAUCGUAAAAGUACUUUCUAUUGUUAUGUCCGUUACGAUACUCGCUAUUCAAACUGCCUCUUUCCAGAGGUUCGAAAGCCAGCGCGUUAAUGGUAGAACGUUGCCAUGGGCGACGUGGCUAAGGAAACACCGUACACAGGAAGCGACGCAUGGCGACGUCGAAGAAAAGAUACCCUUGAGACCGGCCGAGGCAGCGAAAGGGAAAGAGAACGUCACAACGAGCAUCACUACCGCUAUCACGGACCGAACCGAAUCCGCAGCGUUGGACGCGGAACAAGUCGUCGAGAUGUCGGGACACGACGACGAAAGAGCCGAGAUACCGAGCGUUUCGCCGAAUCGUCAAGCGUCUGUAACGCCUCCUUUACCUCCCAAGAACGUACACGUCUUACCACCUCCGACUCCUUUGCGCGGAAUCACCACGGUCCUACCUUUACCCGUACCGGACGUGCCGGCUCCACCGAGGCCGGACAAUUGGUCUACUCUGGUCGCAGCCAAAUCCGAAUCGGCCACCGAGACGAGAGUAUCUUCGUCGACGACUCCUGAAUCCGGAUUGAUUCGUACUGCGGAAACACGAAGCGAAAACGUGAACAGUGGCGGCGGCGGCGGUGGUGGUGGUUACAGCAGCUACGAUGGCUACGAUUUAAAAAUUCCAGAACGCCGGUAUUCGACGAAAGGCUUGGAAGAGGACGAUCCCGCUGGUAAAUUUUUAACAUUCUUGUGGUGGUUUCUCUUCAUUCUGGCGCGUCUACUCGCGCUCGUUCUAUUUUACCAAUUCUACUCAGUCUAUUCGUUCGUCGUGCUCUGUGUACACUACGGCGUCGUAUCUGUAUAUCUUUUUCGUCAUACGAAAUUCUGCAAUGUGAUUACCUUUUUUCUGGAUUUAUGGCUAGGAUCGGUGUACAUCGUCAGCUUGAUCGAGUACCGAGUCAAGUUCAAAUACGCGGACAAGUGGGUGUUAUCGUAUUACGUCUUCGUUCUGAUGCAAAAUACGCUAAUGACGUUGUCUUGGUACAUUUACGCGGAUUGGGUAGGGUUUUGGUACACGUACGCGUUCUACGUAAUUUUUGGAAGCAUGAUAUUGUGCGUUUUGUCUACCGCGAUCUACUGCGCUUUACUGAAACCAAAGAAACAUAGGAUAUACGCGGAACAUGGUAAAACGUAAUCAUCCCACCUUUUGGCCGUAUCUUUGUCUAACGUUCCGAUACCCGGUGAGCAUACGUAUCUAUCGGGAAAACUAAUACAAGCCCGAGAACUGGCUAAGUUUCCGUGUCCCAGGCCGUACAUACGUACCUUCAUUCGCCCGAUGUUCCUCCAGCCCGCCACGCGCGAUAGACGCACACAGCGCGUAAUUAUAUGUACGUAAUACACGUAGCGCGUGUCAUACACAGAAAACGGCGGCACAGAAUCGUGAAUGGUAUCGUAUGGAAGAGGAAAUUGUCGCAGCCAGUAGUUAAGUUCAGAAAGCGUGUAAGUGGACAUAUAUUAUUUACUACUAUUUACAGAGCGAAACUGGAAGUUUCAUAAAAAUCGUAUACCGAA